GGGACAUUUCAGACCCCCGCUUUUCUCCUCCGGGUUUUUUGUUUCUUUCAUUUCUGUUUGCUCACAGAAACCCGCAGCUUUACGAUUGUUGUGAUGGAGAGAUAACGGAGGAAGAGAAGAUGUCGUUCUUUGGGUUGGACUGUUUCCCAAAGUCUGAGGGAGCGGAGCUGGAGAGGAAACUCAGAGCCAACGACAGAGAGUACAACCGCUCCUUUAAAUACGCAACAAACGCCAUCAAGACCUCCAAGUACAAUUUCUUCACCUUCCUUCCUCUCAACCUGUUCGAACAGUUCCAGAGGAUCGCCAACGCCUACUUCCUGGUUCUGCUGGUGCUGCAGUUGAUUCCUGAGAUCUCCUCCCUGUCCUGGUUCACCACCGUCGUUCCUCUCGCCCUCGUGCUGACGGUCACCGCUGCUAAGGACGCAACUGACGACAUCAAUCGCCACAGGAGCGACAAUCAAGUAAACAACAGAAAAGUUGAAGUACUAAUUGACAGAAAGCUACGGAGCGAGAAAUGGAUGGAGGUCCAGGUAGGAGACAUCAUCAAGCUAGAAAACAACCAGUUUGUAACCGCCGACCUCCUGCUGCUCUCCAGCAGCGAACCCCUGAACCUCGUGUACAUCGAGACGGCAGAACUGGACGGAGAGACCAACCUGAAGGUCAAGCAGGCCCUUCCCGUCACUGGGGACCUGGGAGACGACAUCGAAAAACUGGCAGAUUUUAAUGGCGAGGUUCGCUGCGAACCCCCCAACAAUCGUCUGGACCGCUUCAACGGGACGCUGGCGUUCGCCGGUCAGAAAUACCCGCUGGACAACGAGAAGAUCCUGCUGCGCGGCUGCACCCUGAGGAACACCGACUGGUGCUUCGGCCUGGUGCUGUUCGGGGGUCAGGAGACGAAGCUGAUGCAGAACAGUGGGAAAAGCACUUUCAAGAGAACCAGCAUCGACCGUCUGAUGAACGUUCUGGUUCUAUGUAUUUUUGGUUUUCUGGCAUUCAUGUGCACCAUCCUGGCCAUCGGGAAUUACAUCUGGGAGGUGAACAACGGCUCCAACUUCACCGUCUUCCUGCCGAGACAAGACAACGCCGGCUUCUCGGCCUUCCUCACCUUCUGGUCCUACAUCAUCAUCCUCAACACCGUGGUGCCCAUCUCGCUUUACGUCAGUGUGGAAAUCAUUCGUCUGGGGAACAGCUUCUACAUCGACUGGGACAGGAAGAUGUAUUAUUCCCGCAGCGACACGCCGGCCGAGGCGCGCACCACCACGCUGAACGAGGAGCUCGGUCAGAUCAAGUACGUCUUCAGCGACAAGACGGGGACGCUCACCCAGAACAUCAUGAUCUUCAACAAAUGCUCCAUCAACGGGAAGUCCUAUGGAGAUGUUUAUGACUACACAGGUCAGAGACUUGAUAUUUCUGAGCAUAAACACCCGGUGGACUUCUCCUUCAACGCGCUGGCCGACCCGCGGUUCGUCUUCUACGACCACGCGCUGGUGGAGGCGGUGAAGCUGGAGAACCCGGAGGUCCACGCCUUCUUCAGGCUGCUGGCGCUCUGCCACACCGUCAUGGCCGAGGAGAAGAAGGAAGGAGAGCUUCUCUAUCAGGCCCAGUCUCCAGACGAAGGCGCGCUCGUGACGGCGGCCAGAAACUUUGGAUUCGUCUUCCGCUCGCGAACCCCCGACAGCAUUUCCAUCGUGGAAAUGGGAAAUCAGCGCAGCUACGAACUGCUGGCGAUCCUCGACUUCAACAACGUCCGCAAGAGGAUGUCCGUCAUCGUGCGCAGUCCGGAGGGGAAGCUCUCUCUCUACUGCAAAGGCGCCGACACGAUCAUCUACGAGAGGCUGCACCAGUCCUGCAGCAAGCUGAUGGACGUCACCACGGAGCACCUCAACGAAUUUGCAGGGGAGGGACUGCGGACGCUCGCUCUGGCCUACAAAGAUUUGGACGAGGAGUAUUUCAUUCAGUGGAGACAGCGCCACCAUGAGGCGAGCGUCUCGCUGGAAGACAAGGAGAGCAAACUGGAUGAGCUAUACGAGGAGAUAGAGAAGGACCUGCUGCUGCUGGGAGCUACAGCCAUCGAAGACAAGCUGCAGGACGGAGUGCCUCAGACCAUUGAGCAACUGGCCAAAGCAGACAUCAAAAUCUGGGUUCUGACUGGUGACAAGCAAGAAACGGCAGAAAACAUCGGCUACUCAUGCAACCUGCUGCGGGAGGAAAUGAAAGACGUCUUCAUCGUCUCGGGUCACUCGCCUGAGGAUGUCCGACAAGAACUGAGAAAUGCACAAAACUCCAUGAAGCCAGACGGAGCAGCAAACAGCCUGCUUUUGCCAGAGGAGAAGAGUAAAAAUUUGAUUGAAGACGAGGAGGCCAAUGGGGAGUACGGACUGGUCAUCAACGGACACAGCCUGGCGUACGCCUUGGAGAGCAGCCUGGAGCUGGAGUUCCUCAGGACGGCGUGUUUGUGUAAAGCGGUGAUCUGCUGCAGGGUGACGCCGCUGCAGAAGGCCCAGGUGGUGGAGCUGGUCAAGAAGUACAAGAAGGCGGUAACUCUGGCUAUCGGUGAUGGAGCCAACGACGUCAGCAUGAUCAAAGCGGCUCAUAUUGGUGUUGGCAUCUCAGGACAGGAGGGCAUGCAGGCCGUCCUGUCCAGCGACUACUCCUUCGCCCAGUUCCGCUUCCUGCAGCGCCUCCUGCUGGUGCACGGUCGCUGGUCCUACCUGCGCAUGUGUAAAUUCCUACGCUACUUCUUCUACAAGAACUUCACCUUCACCUUCGUCCACUUCUGGUUUGCCUUCUUCUGCGGAUUCUCUGCGCAGACGGUGUAUGACGAGUGGUUCAUCACGCUCUACAACCUGAUGUACACAGCGCUGCCUGUUCUGGGAAUGAGCCUGUUUGAUCAGGAUGUGAACGACGCCUGGAGUUUCCAGCACCCACAGCUCUACAUUCCCGGCCAACUCAGCCUGUACUUCAGCAAGACGGCCUUCUUCAAAUGCGCCGUCCACAGCUGCUACAGCUCUCUGGUGCUGUUCUUCAUCCCGUACGCCGCGCUGCAGGACACAGUGAGGAGCGACGGGAAGGACGUGGCCGACUACCAGUCCUUCGCCCUGCUCACGCAGACCUGCCUGCUGUUUGCCGUCAGCAUCCAGCUGGGGUUGGAGAUGUCCUACUGGACGGCAGUGAACACCUUCUUCGUUUUGGGAAGUCUGGCCAUGUACUUCGCCGUCACCUUCACCAUGAACAGCAACGGGAUGUUCCUCGUCAUUCCAUCAGCUUUCCCCUUCAUAGGAGCGGCUCGAAACUCUCUGAACCAGCCCAACAUUUGGCUGACGAUCAUCCUGACCUCCAUCCUGUGCGUACUUCCUGUGGUUACCUGCCGUUUCCUGUUGAUUCAGCUCUGCCCCACCAUCAACGACAAGGUAAUGUUCAAGGUCAGAAAGGCCAGAGCUACACCUCCUCCUCCGCCUCGCCGCUCCCGGAUCCGCCGCACCAGCUCCCGCCGCUCGGGCUACGCCUUCUCCCACGCGCAGGGCUACGGCGACCUGGUGACGUCGGGCCGUUUCCUGAGGCGUCCCGCCGGGCCGCGGGCGUCGGGUUUCCCCCAGGUGGGCCGCGCCGCCACAGGGUUCAGCCCCAUGGGCCGGUCAGCGGGCUACAGCCCGACGGGCCGGCCCCAGCACCUGAAGGUACCGGACGUGGAGGUGACCUCGCUGCAGAUGUACAGGACAUUCAGCGACGCUGCUCUAUGAAAGCCAAUGAAACUUCUGAAGGGAAACAGAAUCGCUGAGGUUUUUGUGGGAAUUUUUUCGCUGACAGUUUCAUUUGAAGGAUCGGCAGCCGCCACUUCCGAGAGGUAAACGGUUUACUGGCCUCAAAUGUUUAAGUUUGAACCUGAAGGAACCAGCAGAUGGGACACUAACAGACGGAUCUACUUGACAACAGACACAGAAACAGAUCAAUGAGCUUCCAGGCAGCAAAACCAGAGGCUGGAAGUGAUUUAACGUGUUGGGAAACACAGAGUGUCAUCAUGUUUACAGACUGCCCAGACCUUCGUAAUCCUGGGAGUCCAGAGGCAACGCAGAGCUUCGUAAAGAGGGAACAACCAGCAAAGACACGCUGCUGUCAGUACUUUACUCUUGUUUUUCUCUUCAUUUGUGAUUUCUUUAACAGGCUAGGAAAGAUCAGUGGUCUGUACAAAACAUGUUACAUUUUUAACAUAAAAUCAUUUUAGAUAAUGGGAUUUCCUGUCAGAAUGAGCUGCUUUAGGACCUCUUGUCACUUUAAAUCCAAAUAAACUGCUGCUGGCGACGCCCCCCAAUUCAACGAUUACACUCACGUGAAAACGGCUGUAAACACAUGCAAGAUUAUACAACCGUACUUCUUUGAAAAGCAGAAGUGGAGCCUUCUGCACAAUCAACCAGAAUGCAGGAUUUGGUUUCUGGAUGCUAAAUCAACAAGUAAACACUUGUGUUUUCCAGCAGCCAUUGUACAGCAAUAAAACCAGCUGUAUGGCGCCCCGCUGUGGUCACUAAGUAACAGCACAGUGUGUGUCAAAAAUAUGAACGUUUUUGAAACGAGUCGUUUUUCAGAAACAUAAACACAGUUGGAUAGAGAACAACUUAUCAGCUGUCAAUCGUGAAAAGUUUCUGUGAGAAUUAUAGUUACAUACCUGUAGCACAUGCAGCCGUUCUAAACAUCGUCAGAGUUAUUAUGCACAUCAGGAGGUGCAAAGAAAUAAUGUGAUCGAACUUGAAGAGUUCAAAAACGUUCAACAGAUUCCUACCUGUCAUUAUUUCUAACACAAAGAUGAAGCAAAAAUGGAAAAGAUUAAAUCGUUUUUUUUUAUAAAAUAACUAAGUACACCCCAGAGCAGUGGUUUCCAGACUGGGACCCCCAGAUUAUCCACCUCAUUUUUUUUUGCUGCUCCUCUUUAAAUCUCUAUUUUUUUAGGUUUGAAUCCCAAGCAGAGAUGCUUUACUUUUUUAUUUUCCCAUAAUUCUAUGUGUGAUUUAUUUAUUUAUUGUAAAGGUUUUUAAUUAACAAAUGGAUUAAUCAAAACCCCCCAAAUAUUGGUUUUGUCAUUACAGAAAUUAAACAUUUUCCCUGCAGUUUUCAUAUUAAAACUCAAUAUUGAGGCUAUUAUAGUUGAAACCAGAAGGAUUUUAUUUUCUGAUUUUACUUCUUUAUUUCAUUUCUCUAUUUGUGGAUUUGAAACACCUACAAAAACAAACUUAUUCUUCAGUUUUAAAAUGUGCCUGGUUACAUAUUGAUCAGUAAUUUUUUGCACCGCAGCUCCAAGGAAGUAUUUUUAUGGUUUUGUGUUUUUGAGUUCGUCCAUUUUGGUUGUUUCUGUCAAACCAUAGAGACACUACGAACACGACCGGUCGGGCUUCCCUGCUCUCUGGCUCUUCCUGGUCAGUUAGUCGUCUGCCUGGUUGUUGGUGCUUUCACAGUUAGAGGUGACCAUAAAAAACAAGGAUGUAGAAAACAUCGUUAUGGACUUUAUAUUGUCAGAAAACGUUUUAUCUUCUGAUCAGAAGUCACGUAAAGUCGUCUGUUUAUUGUCUUUGUCAUUUUGCAGCUGGAUGCUUUAACAAGACGUUUAAAAUGCUGUUUUACUUGAUCUGCACACCUUUGAAUGAAAAGCCUGAAAUUGAAACAACAUGGAGAUGAUAAUAUGUUCGUUUGGUUGAAACAGGGAUGAUUUCUGUCAAUGAACAAAUCUUAAGUAAAUAUUUUAUACUUUAUAUUUUAAUAUUUUAGUAUUUACACAAAUAUUUAACAGAAAAUUGUAUAUGCAUUUUUUGGUUGCUUGUUUUUUUGUUUUUUAAGUUUUAAUUUUUGUUUUUGCCCCAAUUCCAGUUGAUGCAAAUUUUGUCCCUGAUGAUGAACCAAAGAUAUUUAAAGCUUACAUGUUGUAAAUGACUGUUUAUGGUUAUUUGAUGCUGAAAAUCAAAGUUGAACUUGGAUCUGUUUUUAUUUUCAAGUCAAACCCGUCAAAAGGAAAAAGUUUUGUUGCGUCUUCUUGGUGUUUUCAGAAAAGAUGACAUUGUUAAUCUUUUGUUACUUUGGAUCUUGCACAACAGAACCUUUUCUGGAUGCUGAUAAUUUGACAUUUUGCAUGGCAGCUAAAAGAUGCAAUAAUUCCUGUUUGCUUUUCAUUUUAAAUAAUGAAUUUAUCGCCUCAAACUGUGGCAGAUUGUAUUGCGAGUGCCUUUCGCAAUAGCAGGAACUUCGUGUUUUCUGUUGUGCUGUUUUGCUGCAUCGUUAUUAUGGUGAUGGGAUAUAUGAUCACUUCCUCUGAUUUACCACACUGCACUUCUGAUUGUUUUGUAUCUUUUUAUACACUUCAGAUGUUUCAUCUGUAAUAAAGAGACCUGAAAUAUGAA